AUGGCAUCAUAUUUUGACGAAAAAGGAAUUUCUGAUCCAUCAUUGACGAAAAAAAAAUCAAAUCAUAAUCCAGAUGUAUCCCAUUUCUUUAACGAUGGUUCUUCCUCCUCUUCAGCAACCGGUACUAAUGAAGCUAUUACGGAACAAUUUUUACACUUGGCAAAAGACCAAACACCCGAUAAUAAUAAUAAUCAUCAACAAUUUUUGGAUAAUUUAGUUACGCAAUUGUUAGAGGAAGCCAACUCGAGCGCAAAGGGACCACCACCGGCUAGUAAAAGUUUUAUAAAAAAUUUGCCCAGAGUAACCAAAUCUGAAAUCAAGCCUGAUGACACAUGCAUUAUUUGCGCGGAACAUUUUCUAUCAAAUGAAAAGACCAAUGUAACAAAGUUACCUUGUAGUCAUAUGUUUGAUAAAGAUUGUAUUUUACCAUGGUUAGAAUUGCAUAACACAUGUCCAAAUUGUAGGUUUGAGGUGGAAUCCGAUGAUCCAGAGUGGAAAAAGAAACAAAGAGAAAAACAAAAAAUUGAAGACUCAGAAGAGGAAGACCCGAAUGGGAUGUACGGUUAA